AUGGAGUGGCAGCUGGAUCUCGCCGCGCUCGGUGUGGCCCUCGUCGGGUGGCUGUGUGCCAUCCUCACCCGCUGCCUGGCGCUGUGGACGGUGAGCGGCACCGUGGACAACACCACGGCCACGCUGCCGGCCUACUGGGACGGAGUGUGGCUGGAAUGGGAUCACUGGGACCUGGCCCACGACGGCAGCCUGCACUGCUCCUUCUACCGGUCCCUCAUGACUCUCUCGGGGAGCUUUAGGGCGUGGAGGGGCCUCAUCAUGGCCGCCAUCGGGGCCGGGGGGUUCGCCGUGGCGAUCGGGGCGGCGGGGGCCGUGUGGUUCCCCGCGCGCCGCCAGGUCAAAGUGUUUGCGGGCGCCCUCUUUGUUUUGUCCGGGCUCUUGCUGCUUGUUCCCACAGCCUGGACGUGCCAUCACACCGGGCAGCCGCUGGAGGGCGCCGUGCCGCUGAGGAGGGCCUGGGGACCCGCGCUGUACCUCGGCUGGGUCUCCUUCGCCCUGAUGGUGGUCGGAGGGGCGAUUCUCGCCACCAGAUGCCCCACCGGGGAGAGGCCGGCCGAGCGGCCGGGGGACGACGCGCAGAACCGGGAGGAGGAGGCCAGCCACCCGCUGAGUCGGAUCAACAGGACCGCGUUCACUCAGAGCCAGUAUGAGCGCAGAGCCGAGCCCCUCUGA